CGCAGCAGCAGCAGCAGCAGCAGCUUCAUCUCCGCGGACCGACACCGACCUCCUGCUCGUCUCCAGGCCGCGGCAUGGACCCCGGAGCCCGGCCUGUUUCCUCUCACUCACAGCGGGUCCGGUUCGAGCUGCGGUCCAUUUGGAAGGUGCUGCUGAUGGAAACGGAGCUGAUGGUGCUGAUGAUGAUGGUGAUGAAGGCGGCGGCGGUGUGCAGUUAGAGCGGCGGAGCGGAAACAGAGCGCAGACGGAGCCGUGCGCUGAGCGGGAGCAUCGCGCUCCGAUGCAGCAGAAAAAUCGCCAUUGUUUGGAUGCGCAGCAGACUGGGAGGAAAAACCCGGAGCCUACCGAGACCGUUUGACCGACAGACGCCAUGCUGCCCCCGCUGCUUCUUACGCUGUGUCUGCACUGCUUCAUCCAGAGUUCGUCGGCGUUCCAGGUUUCCCUGAACGACGAUGGUCUGAUCGUGGCGACUCUGGAGCGUUCAGACCUUCAGGAGAACGUCACAGCGUACGCCGCUCAGAUCUCUGGGGAACCUCGGCUGAUCCUGGUUCAGUUUGUGAACACCAGCGAGCCUCUGCUGUUCAACACGUCGUUCCACGGCCUCUGCUACUCUGUGGGACUGCUGGUGAAACUGGGACAGACCUGGUCCAGACCCUUAAAGACUGUGUCUGUCCUCACAAAGCCUCUUCCUGUUCGCAGUGUUCAGAUCUCAGACUACAGAGAGUCUCCAGAGACCGGCGUGGUGUUUGAGAUCGACCCCCCCGCCGGAAACGUCUUCAGCAGAGUGAACAUCAGCUACACUGAGGGACAGGAGCGACGGUCGAUGCUUUAUAAAGAUUUCUACAAAGGAAAGACGGUGUUCAAGCACUGGUUACCGGGGGUGUGUUACCGCAACAUCACCUUCCAGCUGAUCUCUGAGGCCACCGUGUACCAGACCGCCCUGGUCACACACAGUGACAUCACACACACACCUGUACACCACAGGACAGUGCCCUACCCCCCCCUCAACAUCUCCCGUAAGAUCGUCCACCUGAGUCAGAGGGGGGGUCCAGGUGACCCCCCCAACACGGCCCCUCCAGAGGGGAACCAGGAGAGUCCGGGGCAGGCCUCCUCCACCUCCCGUCGAGCCCGGGACGUCCCACUGAUGGGUGAGCAGGAGGAGGAGAUCCACGGCGAGGAGGAGAACACCUCGGAGGAGGCGGCGGGAGCCUCCACCCAGAUCCCCUUCAGCCCGCCUCAGAACCUGACGGAGACCGCCUCCGUCCGCCUGAACCAGACCACGGAAGCCGAGACUCAGAGCUACUGGCCAGACCCGACUGAGCCGUCGGCGGCUGACAGGGAGGACGAGUUCGUCAACGCCGUGGUGUCGGAGUACGAGGACUCCAACGAGCCGGGCUCGGCCAUGGGCCUCCCCUCCGAGCCCUCAGUCCUGCCCACCAGGCUGCCCCCCAUCCUGCUGGAGCUGCGCUGGCUGCCGCCCAGACCCCCCACCAGCUACGAUGGCUUCAACGUCUACAUCUACAGAGACGGGAACUCCACCGAGACCGCCACCGUGGACGAAAACACUCACGAGUUCUUCACCGAGCUGACGGAGCCGGGAACGUACCGAGUCCAGGUCACGACUCUGAGCUCGUCUGGAGACUGUGAGGCCAGAGAGAGCGCCGCCGACACGGGCUUCGCCUUCUACCUCAGUCCGGGUGGCGAGCUGCUGGAGGAGCUGCGGGAGCGUCCUCAGGCCGUCACCGUCCGCCUGCUGGACUCCAGCACCGCCGCCGUCUCCUGGGCCCCGUCCUCCGAGAACCACAACGGUAGUCUGGUGUCGGUGGUUUCCACGACCUGCCUGAGGCCGAGCCUGAGCCAGAGGAUGGAGAACACCUACUGCAGCGAGGAAAACUCGACGAGUGACAUUAUUACGAACCUGACGCCCGGAGCUCAGUACAGAGUGGUGGUUUAUCACACCAACGGACCCCUGAUCAGUCCUCCGUCUGAACCCGUCAUCAUCGAUAUUGAGCCGACCGGCGUCCGUGAGCUGGCCGUUUACCCUCUGAGUCCGACGGCGGUGAUCUUGAGCUGGCAGCGUCCGUACCACGUCGCCUUCAGGAAGUACGUCCUGCAGACCUUCUUCUUCAACCCCGUCACCCUGGCCUCUGAGUGGACCACCUACUACGAGAUCGCCGCCACCGCCUCCGUCAUCGCCUCAGUGAGAGUGACCGACCUGCUGCCCGCCUGGUAUUAUAAUUUCCGUGUUUCCAUGGUGACGUGGGGCGACCCGCCGCUCAGCUGCUGCGACAGCUCCACUGUGAGCUUUGUUACAGCUCCGGAGGCUCCUCACAUCUCCUCGGUGGAUUACUCUCAUGGCGUUCUGUACGUUCGCUGGACUUACGGUGAACUCUUCAUCGACCUGUCGCACUCCAGGAUGCUGCACUGGCAGGUGGUCGCUGUUGGCAAGAAAGGGCUUGAGAGGAGCUACUCUGUUGAUGUGACUCGUAACGUGAUGCGGGCCAGCCUCCCUCUGCCUCCAGGUGACAUCUACAACCUGACAGUGACGGCGUGCACUGAGCGCAGCAGAAACACCUCCAUGCCAAACAUCAUCAAACUGGAGCCGGCUCCUCCUCGGUCUCUGUACGCCGUCAACGCCACUCACUCGUCUGUGACGCUGCUUUGGACUGAGGAAGGAGUGGUCGACCACUACCAGGUCCUCUGUAGACCCAACAAAGCCAGCAAAGAGUUCAAGGCGCGGGAGCCUUUGAUCGCCAACUCUCACGUCCUGACAGUUUCUGGUUUGAUGCCUUCGUCCACCUACAACUGCACCGUCACCAGCUUCAGCUACAACACGCCCAGCAAACCUGCACACAUCAGCAUCACUACCGUUGCAAAGGAGAUGAACCCGAGCGUAGCGGCGAUCUCGGCUCUGGCCGUCCUCAGCAUCCUGCUCAUCAGUCUGCUGGUUCUGUUCCUGCUCGUUCUACGUAAGAAACACCUGCAGAUGACCAGAGAGUGUGGGGCAGAGACUUUUGUCAACUUCGCUUCAUUUGAAAGAGACGGAAAACUUCCUUACAACUGGCGAAGAAGCCUCUUUGCCUUCCUUACCCUACUGCCAUCCUGCCUUUGGACUGACUAUCUUUUGGCUUUUUAUAUUAAUCCUUGGAGCAAGACAGCUUUAAAGAAACGGAAGCUAACAAGCCCGGUGCAGCUGGACGACUUUGAUGCCUACUUCAAAGAAAUGAGCAAAGACUCAGCCUACAAGUUCUCCCUGCAGUUUGAGGAGCUGAAGAGUGUUGGUCUGGAUCUGUCCCAUGAUGCAGCCGACCUGCCCGUCAACAGACCCAAGAACAGAUACACCAACAUCCUCCCAUACGACUUCAGUCGGGUGAAACUGAUCUCGAUGCACAACGACGAAGGUUCAGACUACAUCAACGCCAACUACAUACCUGGCUACAAACAUGCUAAAGAGUACAUCGCCACUCAGGGCCCGCUGCCCGAGACUCGUAACGAUUUCUGGAAGAUGGUUCUGCAGCAGAAAUCUCCGAUCAUCGUCAUGCUCACGCAGUGUAACGAGCGACGGAGGGUGAAGUGCGAUCAUUACUGGCCGUUCACAGAUGAACCUGUGAUGUACGGAGAGAUCAGCGUGGAGAUGUUCUCUGAAACUGAGUCUCCAGAGUGGACCAUCAGGAAGUUCAGACUUGGAUAUGCCGACGAGACUCAGGACGUCCUCCACCUGAACUACACCUCGUGGCCAGAUCACGGCGUCCCCACAGUCAACGCCAUCGAGAGCAUCCUGCAGUUCGUCCACAUCGUCCGUCAGCAGGCCAACAGGACCAAAGAUCCUAUCAUAGUCCACUGCAGUGCUGGAGUCGGCCGGACCGGGACCUUCAUCGCUCUGGAUCGUCUGAUGCAGCACAUCAGAGAACACGAGUUUGCCGACAUCCUGGGCAUGGUGUCUGAGAUGAGAUCGCACCGUCUGUCCAUGGUCCAGACUGAGGAACAGUACGUCUUCAUCCAUCAGUGCGUCCUGUUGAUGUGGCAGAAGAAGAAACAGUCCAUCACCUCCGACGUCAUUUACGAGAAUGCCAGCAAGACAUAAUGAGGAGCCUCCUCCAGACGCUGUGAACACACCCAACCUCCUGUGCUUCAGGCAUCCAUUCUCUGCAGAAGAAGAAGAAGAUCAGCUUCAUCAUCAGUAUCAAAAAAAACUAAACAGCCGAACAUCUCAACGACACAAAGAGGGAAAAUAAAUCUAGUUUUUAGUUUGAAUUGGUGUUAAAGCAUGGGGAUGGAGUUCUGCCUUAAGGAGCCUUCACUGACUGACCGACAUGUUCAACCACACCCCUGCCCUCUGAACCGGACUGAUUCACGUCAACGUGGGGUGGGAGGAGCUUAACAAGCUCUGCCCGCUGAUUGGAUGUCUACACUGUGUCCGUCCUCGUUCAGACGACAUGAAACGACGAGUCGGUGGAGCUGAGUCGGCAGUUUUUUUCAUUUUAUUUAUGUUUUUAAUCUCAGGAGUCGCUGAAAAACCAGCAAGCACACCGGCCUCUUCCUCCACUUCCUAACUCAUCUGUCAUUCAUCAGUAUUAGUUUUCUGCAUCAGUGUUCACCUUCCGACAGUGUGCAGCAGCUCUCCCGGGAGUCGUAGGCGGUAGAUUGAAACGUUACACUGCCAACUCACCGAACAUGGGACUUUAACACGUCGAUUAUUAAAAACACCGACUGCUCUAAGAGGCUGAUUAACUGCCAGGACAGCUGCACAGAAAACACUCACUUAGAGAACCCAGCAAGCAUUCGACGAUUGACAAGGUCUGGACGAACAAUGAGCACAAAAUUUUACGAGUCACGAUUUUUUAAUCAAUCACUAAAAACUAUUAUAAAAACAUAUCUUUCCAAACAUCAUGUCCCAGUCUUGGUUGAAGACGCCAACAAUGUCAAACACUGGUGAAGAAUUUACAUUCAAGCUCACGUGACCUUUUAGAGAAAUUUAGCUGAAGUUUGAACAUUCAGCUUCAGAAGAAUCAGAAGAAUAUUUCAGUCCUAGUUUCACUAAAUGCUGCUCAACUAUAACACAUCCAAUUAUUUUAUCCCAUCCAACGUCUGAAUGUUUGCUGGGUCUGCACAACAACUCAAGGGCACAACAACAGUGGAAGGGAACCGACGCCUCUCACUACCGUCCCGUUGCCGCUCGGCGCGUUCGAGGCCAGUUUAGACUCUAGAGACUGUGGUUGUAGAGCUGUAGUUUGUAUUUGCACUGAGGCCUCGGAGCUGCCCGACUUGCUGGCUGAAGAAGGGAAGAGUUUCUGCUGCUUCUGACCGCGGAGGACUAAAUGUACAGCCCCGUCGCUCCGUAUCCGUCCUGUGCACUGUGGGCUCUUUCUAAUGAACGGCGUAGAUUAACCUGAGACUAUUGUGGAGGUUUUUCUGAUCUCAUCGGCUGCAACAAUCAGCAGAGAAAUGGAUGAUAUCUGACAGUAACGGAUCUGAAGAUAGAAGAGACACUGUUACCUAGAUAGUUGAACUGCUAGAAGCACUGGGACAUUACAUGAAGACCUGAUAUCAACUUUCCCUCCAUGUUGCUCAAGUAGGGAAAUGACAGAAAUAUAUCUGUUCAGCACAUCUCCAGAGCCGGCCCAAGACCCAAAGCAUAAUUUAACUAAAAACCAAUAAGUCAAACUAUUAAAACUGCAAAUAUUACUCAAACUUAAUCUGUCUACAGCGAGUACAAGAAGGUUUACAGUUAACUCCAACAUACAUUUACUGCUGUUGUUAUAGUGCCUUUCAUUUUCUGUUUUUAUUUUUGUUACUAUACAAAAACUUUUGGGUAUAGCUCAUCCCAAAUUAUUUUACAAGCAAGAUUUACCCAUAAACCCAAAUCCCAAACUUUAUACAUCACACCUUACAAUUAUGUUGUAAUUGAAAAUGUUUUUGUGUUGCAUUCAAAUUUACUAUCAUAACAUUUAUACAGCAUGCUGUAAAUUUGCAAUAAAUAAGCAUUGAAUCUGGUGACAAAAUUUGGUGUACUGUACUGCUAAAAAUACCAAAAUAUGUUGUAAUAAAAAAUUGUGGGAUCUUGGGAUCUUUAAAGAUUUCAGGCAUUAUAACAAAAGCAGUGAAUGCAAUAUUAAAGACUAAAUAAAGAUAAACUCCAUUAGAACUUGUUGUUUUGGCGUCCCCUGGUGGCCAUCUAAUCGCGGCUUGGGUCAGCUCUUCAUAUCUCUGUCUUGAACUCAUGACUACUGUACAGAAAAUAGUUGUGAAGCCAUUUUCUGAAGCAUCAUGUUUGCUAGUUAUAUCAGCUCAUUAAUUACAAUGAUUUCAUAAUUUUUCAUCUUUCUACUGAAGAUUCGACUUGAAGGGCAAAAGAAAAAUCCACUUUUCUCACUUCCUUGAUGACUGUAGAGAAUGUCUACUGAACAGAUGAGAGUGGUCGACCUCCUUUAACCCAAAGUGUCACAUCAGAAUCAGGAUGUACAGGGUGUCAUCAAAAUAAGAGCGCGGAAAAGAGGUUGCAGACAGUAUUUCUUCAUGGUCUGUUCCUCACACAGAGAACAGGAUAAAAGGUCCAAUAUAAUACAUAUUUCCCUCUAUUUAUAUAUGCAGUAUACAGCCUAAAUUAGCUGACUGGAUCCAUUUGAAUUUAAUAAUAAAUAAAAUAAUAAUAAAAUUUUUGACACAAACAUUUACUCAGCACCUUAGUGUAAACAAGCUUUUUACUUUUUGACUUUUUCAUAGAAAAUUUUUUGUGUGCAAAGAUGUUUAUUCACAGCACAACAAACCUUGAUUUACAAAUACAGUUUCCUACAGGAAAUUAUUUUGUUUUAGUCAGGUUUUAUUAAACUACAUUUUGCUUUUAUUAACUAAUACAUCACUGUUUAGUCUUAAGAAAGAGCCAUAGAUUUUUACCUGAAUAAAACACAGUAAAGGUGUCAAAAUUAAGUUUUUAUGUAGUUACUAUAUAAUGCAAGAAUCACUAGUAACAUUUUUUGUUUGUUUUACUCUAAAAAAUUCUUAUUCUUGAAAAUAUUAUAUAGCACCCCCAAAAAAACUGUUAUUAAAUUUUGGAUAGCACUCUUUACAGCUGCACAGAUUUUGAAUGUGUUCCACCUGUGACUCUAGUAAAAAUUACAAAAUGUUUCCAGAUCGUGUAUAGUGCCACAGUUUGAAAAGUCUUCAUCCCAGCUACGGUUUUGUGUUCUUAAAAUAUUUUUUCUCUAAAUUUCAAAAUGUGUUUUUAAGGCAAAAUUUUUAUAAACUUUGCAGUUUACACAUUUUUUAUGACAUGCAUCUACUUUAUAACAAAUUAAAGAAUGUGUGUAAAAAAUCCACUAUAAACCUGAAAUUUAGUAUUGCAUGCUGACGGUCUUCUUUUUAAAAUUUGAUACACACUCCCACAUACUUAAGUAUUGUAUAGUGCCCCCCAAAUUUUUUUAUGGUCACAACAUUUUGUAACACCCAAAUGUUUAAUCGCUGGAAUUCUUUUGUUUGUUUUGUUUCUGUUUUUGGAAACUGAUUUUCACCACACCUUGUUUCUACUUUGUAAACCUUUUAAAGAAAUCAUCAAAUAGAUCUAAAAAAUUGUGUUUAUAUAGUGAAAACAUUUAAACUGAUUACACCCGAUAAUAUGUGUUAAGAACCCAAAACCUAGUAUUAGCUUCAAAUCACCUCAAAAUUUGAUAUACCAUCCCUGAUUAUUAAAAUACUGUAUUCUGCCCUUAAAAUCUUUUUUAUAGUUGCAGAAUUGUUUAGAUUUCACAAAUCUUGUCAUCAUGUCUACCUGCUGCUCUCAUUAUUUUGAGGACACCUUGUAUCAAAUUUGUAGAACAAUUGAAGAAAUGAAUGAAUGUGUGUAAAAAGGCCAUUGGACACUUCAGUGUUGACUUGUAAAAUGAUUCGUCAUUGUGGCCUUGUGAUUCAAACACCUGAAGUCUUUACCUGUUCGCCGUCUCGGAUCCUCGGAGGUUCGGUCGCCACUCGAUCUGAAAUAGGUUACAUUUCACUAUUAGAUAUCAGAUGUACUGUACAUACUACUACUGCUUAACUAUUCUGUUUCUACUCGUCAUUACAAAGUAAUUCUUGUGGAAAUGUUGCUUUAGGGGUUUGUUUUUUAAAAGUUGUUGUGUAUGUGAAUCAUCAUUACCUGAGCCAGAAGCUAAGUUCUCUCAUCAUUACAACGGUUCGGUUUCUUUCGGCUUCGGCGUCGACGUCAACAGCUCAACAGACGUUUGGAAACUUGGCUGUUUUCGAAGCGAACUCGUCUGUGGCUGGAGAAACGCACUUUGGUACAACUGUCAAAAAAAGGAGAAAAAAAAAAACAAAAUGAAAAAUAAAACUGACAGAUAACCUGCAGACAAUGUCCGAAAGCUCAGCACUGUACACUCCUCUACAAUUCUUUCUCUUGCUUAGUGUGUGUCCAGUCAAACUUGUAUGUCAUUGGUGCCAUUCUUGUGCAUUGUGUCACUUAAAAUUUGAGGGAUGAUCUCGAACUCAGAUUGUCACAGUUUUAAUGUGUGUGUGUGUUGGAACAAAAUAAAAUGUUGCAGUUA